GUCUUUAGCGGCUCAAGCUGCAGCCUCGUCUCCGCUCGAUGAUGAUCGCUGCCGUGUUUCUGGUCCUCCUCAGGCCGCUCAGCAUCCAGUGCGUGCUGCUGUUGCUCCUGCUCUUGCUGGGGACUGUUGCCACGAUUGUGUUUGUCUGCAACUGGCAUCGCAACCUUGCCGGCGGGAAGCAUCCCAUCAAAUCGGUGCUGUCAGGACGCGCCAAGAGCCGCGUGGGUCUUCGAACGCAUCAUUUUCGUUCAGAGGGCUUCAGACACAGUCCACGUCACGCCAAGAGGAGCACACAGCAUGCUCGGGUGACAGAGGAAAAGUCCAACCUGGUUGAGGUCCCCAGGAGUGAGCCCGAGUCCUCAUCGACUCUAAGGAAGCGCAAAGUGAAGAAGCGGGUCCUGCCGGAGUUUUACCAGUCUGUGCAAGUCACUCCAACACGCAAACCUAGCUCAGGUUCGGGGAACCAUUCCCUCCACUGCUCCAUGUCUUCCUCCGCGGAUUUGUCCGAAGAUGAAGAUUACAGCUUCAAAUCGGGGUCGGCAUCACCGGCACCGGGCGACACUCUGCCGUGGAAUCUGCCCAGACAUGAGAGGUCCAAGCGGAAGAUACAGGGAGGGUCCGUGCUGGAUCCAGCGGAGAGAGCUGUGCUCAGGAUUGCAGAUGAAAGAGACAGAGUGCAAAAGAAGACGUUCACAAAAUGGAUCAACCAGCACCUGAUGAAGGUACGGAAGCAUAUAAAUAACCUGUAUGAAGACUUGAGAGAUGGACAUAACUUGAUCUCUCUGCUGGAGGUCUUGUCUGGCGACACAUUGCCUCGGGAGAGAGGAAGGAUGCGCUUCCACAGGCUCCAGAAUGUACAAAUUGCGCUGGAUUAUUUAAAGAGACGACAGGUCAAACUUGUAAAUAUCAGGAAUGAUGACAUCACAGAUGGCAACCCCAAACUGACCCUGGGAUUGAUCUGGACCAUAAUAUUGCACUUUCAGAUCUCGGAGAUUCACGUCACGGGCGAGUCCGACCACAUGACGGCAAAGGAGAGAUUGCUGCUCUGGUCCAAGCAGCUAACAGACGGCUAUGUCGGCGUACGAUGUGACAAUUUUACGACAUCCUGGAGAGACGGGAGGCUCUUCAACGCCAUUAUUCAUAAAUACAGACCCGACCUAGUUGACAUGAGCCGGGUGUCCACACAGACCAACCGCUCCAACUUAGAGAAUGCCUUUGGUGUGGCUGAGCAACUUGGGGUGGCCAGACUGCUGGACCCUGAGGACGUAGAUGUUCAGUCUCCUGAUGAAAAGUCCGUCAUCACGUAUGUCUCAACCCUCUAUGACGCCUUCCCUAAAAUACCUGAUGGCGGAGAAGGAGUCAGCCCCAAUGAUGUUGAUAUCAAAUGGGUGGAAUACCAGAACAUGAUCAAAUACCUCACCCAGUGGAUCAAACACAAUGUAGCUGUGAUGUCUGAUAGAUCAUUCCCCAACAAUCCUGCUGAACUUAAGGCACUUUACACACAAUACCUGCAAUUCAAAGAACGCGAGAUCCCGCUGAAAGAAAACGAGAAGACAAAAAUCAAAGAUCUCUACAAAAUGCUCGAGGUAUGGAUCGAGUUUGGACGUAUUCAGUUACUGCCGGGUCAUCACCCCAACGACGUGGAGAAGGAGUGGGGAAAACUGAUUGUUGCCAUGCUGGAAAGAGAGAAGAGCCUGAGGCCUGAGGUGGAAAGGCUUGAAAUGCUGCAGCAGCUUGCAAACAGAGUUCAACGAGACUGUGUUCAAGGUGAAGACAGGCUCACGUUGGCUCGAAGUUCCCUGCAAUUGGAUGUUAAACGUCUUGAGUCUGGCAUUCAGUUCCAACAUGAAGGCGAGAUUGCUGGCUACCUGUUGGAGUGCGAGAAUAUCCUCAGACAACAAGUGGUGGACAUCCAGGUCCUUCUCGAUGGCAAAUUUCCUUUCACAAAUCAACUAGUUCAAAGGGUAUCAAACCUACGGGAUGAUCUCCUAUCCCUGAGAACGCAGUAUGCUUCCGUGUACAGCAAAGGGCGCAUGUUAACAACAGAACAGACCAAAAAGAUGAUCUCAGGCAUCACCCAGAGCCUGAAUUCUGAUUUUUCCCAGAACAGUUCCACAUUCAACUCGAGCCUUACCCCGGGUGCUUCAGAGCAGACUUACAUUAGUAGCAGACAUGGGACACACAUGCAGAUCCCCAAACCCUCAAUAAAGUCCUCACUGGCUGACUCCAGUUUGACUGAAGAAGAAGUGAACAUGAAAUAUAUUCAGGACCUGUUGAACUGGGUGGAAGAGAUGCAGUUACAAUUGGAUCGCUCGGAGUGGGGAUCAGACCUGCCAAGCGUGGACGCACAUUUAGAUAACCACAAAACCGUACACAGAGCCAUCGACGAAUUUCAGACGAGUCUUAAAGAGGCCAGACUCAGCGAGAUUCAGAUGAAUCCACCCUUGAAACUUGCCUAUUCCGAAAAACUCAGCAGUUUAGAGAAGCAGUAUGACAAACUACUGAGCUGUUCAAGAGAUCGUCAAAACUCCUUGGAGAGCCUGCAGGACUUUGUGUCGCGGGCAACCCGUGAGCUCAUCUGGCUCAAUGAGAAGGAGGAAGAGGAGGUGGCGUUUGACUGGAGCGAUCGCAACAGCAACGUGUCCAAGAAAAGAGAUUACCACGCUGAUCUGAUGAAAGAGCUGGAAGAAAAGGAGGAAGUCAUCAAGUCCGUGCAGGACUUGGCAGAGCGUCUUCUUUUAAGGAACCACCCAGCCAGGCUGACUAUUGAAGCGUACAGAGCUGCCAUGCAAACACAAUGGAGCUGGAUCCUGCAGCUGUGCUCGUGUGUGGAGCAGCACCUUAAAGAGAACGCUGUUUACUUUGAGUUUUUCAGUGACGCCAAAGAAUCCAUGGACUUCCUUAAGAGCUUACAAGACUCCAUUCAGAGAAAGUACAGCUGCGACAGAACCAGCAGCCUGCAUCGACUGGAGGAUCUCAUUCAGGAAUCUAUGGAGGAGAAAGAGCAGCUUCUUCAGUAUCGCAACACGGUUGCAGGGCUGAUGGGGAGGGCCAAAAAUAUCGUGCAGCUCAAACCCAGGAACCCUGACUGGCCUUUAAGAUCCUCCAUUCCUGUGAAAGCCAUCUGUGAUUAUAGACAGAUAGAGAUCACCAUUUAUAGAGACGACGAGUGCGUGCUGGCCAACAACGCUCACCGAGCCAAGUGGAAAGUCAUCAACCCCGCAGGCAAUGAGGCCAUGGUGCCGUCCGUCUGUUUCACUGUGCCUCCCCCCAACAAAGAGGCCAUCGAUAUGGCUUUGAAAACGGAGCAGUUAUACCAGAAUGUGCUGGCGCUCUGGCAUCACUCCCACAUUAACAUGAAGAGUGUGGUGUCUUGGCAUUGUCUCAUAGAUGAUAUAAAAGCCAUCCGCCAUUGGAAUGUAGCUUCUUUCAAGACCAUGCUGCCAGGUGAGCAUGAGCAGGUCAUGAGCAACCUGCAGUCUCAUUUUAACGAGUUCCUGGAAGACUGCGAGGAGUCUGAGUUGUUCACCGUGGCGGACUGCGCUCAACUGGAGAGGGAUGUUGUAGCCUGCAAGGAGUACUACCAAGAACUUCUCAAAUCUGCAGAAAGAGAGGAACACGAGGAGUCUUUGUACAAUAGUUACAUCUCAGAAAUACGCAACUUUCGGAUGCGUCUGGAGGCCCACGAAGAACACAUGAUCAAGCAAAUCCGUACUCCACUGGAGAGAGAUGACCUGGACAAGAGUCUCCAGCGCAUCACUGAACAAGAGAAGAAGAUGGUCGAGCUGAUUAAAUUGAAGCAGGACCUGGAUGCCAUAAAGGACAAGUGCGAGGUGUUCCUCAGACAAGCUGUUGGCUUUUCAUCAGCGUCGACUCUCUCUUCUGAGCUCAGCGGCGUGGUUCAGAGCAUGAGCCAGGUCGACUCUAUGUCUUCUAUUCACAUUAACAAACUGAAGACUCUAAGUUUGGUGGUGAAGCACAGCCAGAAUGCAGAGGCUUUAGUAAAGGCCUACGAAUCCAAACUCCUCGAAGAAGAUGAAAUAAACUAUGACCUUCAAUCCAUUGAAACAGUCAUUACCACUCUCAAGCAAUGGAGGACAGAGAUUGAUGAAAAACAGGAAGUGUUCCACCAAAUGGAGGACGAACUGCUGAAAGCGCGGCUCAUCAGCGAUCGCAUGUUUAAGGCCCACAACGAGCGGGACUUUGACCUGGACUGGCACAAGGAGAAGGCCGAUCAACUGAAUGAGAGAUGGCAAAACGUUCACUCCCAGAUUGAUAAUCGACUCAAGGACCUGGAUGGUAUCAGCCAAUAUCUGAAGCAUUACAAAGACUCCUACAGCAGUCUUGACGAAUGGGUUCAAGAAGUGGAAGCAGAGCAGCAGAAGGCUCAAGAAAACAAACCAGAAGAUAGCAAGGCUCUCGCCGAAGUGUUGAACAAACAAAAGGUUCUUGUUGCUGAAAUUGAACAAAAGCAGUGUGAGAUUGAUGACUGUCAGAAGUACUCAGAGCAGUGCUCAUCUUCCAUCAAGGAUCUCGAGCUGCAUCUGAUGACCUUCAGAGCGAUGGUUGACUCUCAACACAAAUCACCUCUAAAGAAACGCAAGAUGCAGACUUCCUCUGAUGCCAUCCAGCAGGAGUUUAUGGAUCUUCGCACCCGCUACACAGCCCUUGUGACUCUCAUGACCCAGUACGUGAAGUUUGCAAGUGAAAACUUGAAGAGAACGGAAGACGAGGAGAGAUCUGUUGAGGAGGAGAAGCGAGAGCAUGGUGAUAAAGUUAGCAAACUGUUAGGUUGGAUGUCUAAUGUGAAACACAACCCGAGCAAUGAGGGGAAUUCUUUGAAAGAUAGCAAUGCCAACUCUGAUGCUUCAAAUAAACAUCAGGUGUCUGUUGAAGAAAUGGCAGCAAAGAAGGAGCAGAUAGCAGAAGCGCUGAGGGCCACAGAAAUGAUGCUGAACAAACACAGUGAAAAGAUGACAGAAGAGGAGAGAGGAAAGGCCCAGGAACAGUUGAAGGAACUAAGUCAGGCCUACAGUGAACUAUCCCAGCGUAGUUCUGAUCAGCUUGCUGCUGCAGAUGAGGCCGUGAAAUCUACCAUUAGCUGGAUUUGGACCCAAGGAACAGACCCUCUUCAGACCUUGAACCUCUCAAAGUCUGAGCAUUCUCUGUACAUGGACGAUUCUCUCAUACCGGAUCCUGAGUCCAUCAUGGAGAGCAAGUGCUUACAGAGUUCACAUGUGACUUCUGUGUCCAUCUCUGACUUUGCGGCAGCAGCAAGGGAAGCAGAUGACCUGGUCGUGAAGAUAAUUGCGGUCAACCAGGACAGGGAUGGACUAAAUGUGGCCUACUCAGGACAUAUAGUGACCCUGGACAGGGCGUUUCAGGAGGGAUUCAUUCCUGCUUCUGUGUAUGUGAAAAUCAUUCAGAGGCAUAAGACCUGCCAGAAAGUGAUGGGCAAUCACUCCACUGGAAAUGAAUCAAACUUAGAGGCACUGCAGGUUAAUAAACUAAUGUUAAAGUGUCUAAGUGAGGAUAAAUCACUGACACCAGAGCGGAAUGUUCAGGUCUUGACAUCCGUCUCUAGUGAUCCCACUCAAGAAGAGCAUAUUGCAACUGCAACACAAGGAGUUUUGGCCCACACUGGAAGCAAUGGUGAAGGACUGAAGGUGGAUGCGGAAGUUCAGUGUGAUCUAAUGAGAUUUAGCAGUACACUAAUCGUGCUCGGGAAUGGGCAUCACUUUAUAGGCCUUGCCUUGCCUCGGCCCACUGAAUCUCACUUUUGCUCCACAUCAUCGCAUCACAAUGAGCGAACUUUCACUGAUGUAUGCGACCGCGGACUUCGAAACAAUGGAUGCAAAAUAGUGGCUUUUUAUAUUCCAGAAAAUUCGCAAGUUGUGGAUGUAAAUUCUGCUGUACAAAACGGGUACAUCGACGUUUACACGGCGGAGGUUUUGAAGUCCAUCGAAAUUCCUAAUGACUUUUUCAAUGCUGAGGACCUCGGUGAGAAGUUUUCUUCUUGGCUCAUGUGUCAAAAAAUUAGAGUUGACGGCUGCAACUCCGCUGAAGAGUCAAAGCAACUGUUUAUUUCCUAUCUGUGGAUCAACAGUUACAUCCACCCAACGUCUCAACAAAGAAUUCUAAUACUCGACAAACAGUUGAGUACAAUUAUCAAGUUUUUUGUAGAAGAUUCUGUAUUUUCUGGACCCGAGGUUGGGGACGUUUCAAAACAGGUGGAGUUAGAGGUUCCAUUCAUAUGCGAGGAAACAGACAAAAUGGUGGUAGAGCCACAGGAUGAAUUUCAUAAGCAUUUUGCCCCUUCGUUCAUUGGACUAGUUGAUAACAACUCAUUUGCAAAGGACUUUUCAUUGGAUGAUAACUCAGAAGAUCCAAUGCAGAAUCUAUGGCAUCAAACCAACACCGACUACACAAUUCAUGAGAGUUUAUAUAUCGCGGAUGGAGACGAUUCAAAUGGAGCUUGCAAUAUUCCAGCUUCCCCAGACAUUCCCUAUGUUGUAGACAGAUUUAAGGCUGAAUCACUACCAGAGGAAUGCAUCCAUCAGUUUGCAGCAGAGUUAAAUGCCGAGUCAUUGUAUAAUCCAUCAAUGAUGAUCGGUGUCACUUCAGCUGACAACAUAUUUAAGGAGAGAAAAUAUCAAGAUGACAGUCUUCAGAAGGACGAAACAUACAUUUUGACUGAGGGAGUUCACUAUGACAUGGAGAUAGAAGCUGAGGAGACAGUCUUUGUUAACCAAGUUAAAGAUGAGGAGGAAACUGUGCUGCAUAGUCUGCCCAUAUCUUCACACAAGAGUCUUGGUCUUAACCCUACAGAGUGUGGCCUGGUCCACUCUGAGUGUGACACUGUUGAUUUUAUUACACUGAAAAAAAGUAAAAAUACACAAAACCCACCAGAUUGGAUGCGGAAGAAUGGGCACCCAGUAGCGGAAGACAACACGAGUGGACAUAUAUCAGAGAUGAAUGAUUUUGUUCAAGAUUUUCCUAUACUACCUUGUGGUCACGAGCCUCUUGGGAUGUCUUGGGAAGUUGAUCAAGUGUGUGUUCAUCACAUUGUCACCAAUAACCCACUGGCUGAUAGUCAGGAUGAAUGCAGUGUUGUAGAAAGUGCUGCUCCUACUAUCCAAUCAUUUCUACCAAGUGUAUUCAAAAGUACUGAUCUAAAAAGUAGCUGUGAGUCUGCCUGUAGCGCUAAUCAGUGUUAUGAAGUUAAGUCAAUGCUCAAUAAUGAUGAUUUAAACAGAGCUGGGUUAGAAGGCAGAGAUGGAAAUAAAUUAUCAUCACUUAGCAAAGCAGUUUUUGAGGAAAGUAUCGUAGAUGAUGUAGAUUCUUCAUCACCAAGAGAUGCAGUCAAGGUUGAAGCACAAGGUUACUAUGUCGUCAACAAAAAAGAUGGAGACAUAAUUGAACAAGUUGUUGGUCCUUCAGAAAACAACUGUAUUGUUCAACCUGAACCCAACAACUUUGUGUACGAUUACCUUGGUGAAAGUCUUCUGCAACAGUCAAAUUCAUCAUGUAUGACAUCUGUUGAUUCUGACAGACUGACACUCACACAUCAUUGGAAAACGAAAAGGUGUGAUCAAGACAAUGUUGAGUAUUGCACUUCAACAUCUGCCAGAGUCUGUCGAGAAUCAACCCUUGCUGGUCCACUGAUCAGUGCAUCAAGUGAUGGUUGGGUGAACACAGGAGAAAGGCAACAAAGAGAAACAAUAAAGUCAGGUUCUGAUUGCACAAACCAACACAAAGAUCAUAUAUUUUUACACGGACAUGCCAUGGAUGUGGAAGGAGAUCCUAAAAUAUAUAUCAACUCAGUGAAUCAACAUGUUGAUCACCAGGUAAAUAUGAUAAAUGAAUGGUGUGAAGGGAGUGAUUCUGCGAGCAAGGCUGAUACAACUGGUGUGGAGGAGACUAUUGCUGCUCAUGAACUUGUGGGAAAAGACGGACUAAACAACACUAAAUCGGUACACCGAGAUAGAAAAGAUCAUGAGCAGCAGCCUAUUAUUCAAGGCUCUAGUGAGGCACCUGGAAUGAAUGAAAAUAGGACUGAUGCCUCAACUGGAAUUAAAGGUGACGAUUCUGAUACCCCAUCUGUAGAUAGGGCUGAUGCUGAUGUUCAAACCACAAAAGCUCAAGAGAGGCCUAUUGAUCCAAAUGAAGAAGUUAAAGAUAAGUGUUAUACCCUAACUGAAAAAAAUGAAAAGGACUCUGACUCUGAAGAGGAUGAAAAUGGGUUUACUAUCCUGACUGGAAACAUUACAUUGGUGUCUGAUACUCUAACUGGGAGAGAUGCAAAAUACUUCGAUGCCCCAUCCAUAAUGGAUACAGAGGAAAUGGAUGCUCUGGCAGAUCAGGCUAAAAUAGAUGGUUAUGCUCUAACAAGAAAAUAUGAAGUAGGGUCCAAAGCCCCAAGUACAAAUGCUGAAGAGGUGUCUCAUACUGCAACUGUAGAAGAUGAAGAAUGCUCUGAUUAUCCAAUUAUAAAAGCAGAAGAAUGGUCUGUUGACCAUUUUGAUGGAGAGAAAGAUUGGUCUUAUGCCCUUAAUAGCAAUGUUAAGGAGGAGUCCGAUACCUCAAGUACAAGAGACGACAUUCAAUCUAUGAUCAAGGAAGAUGGUUCUUAUGCCAAAGUUGAAAGAAGUGAAGAGAGAUGUGAUGUCCAGCCUGAAAAUGAUAAAGACAUGUUUGAUGCCCCACAUUUAAAAGAUAAAGCUGACUCCAAUCUCUCUGGUGUAAAAGUUAAAGAGAGGGCUAAUGUCACACUUGUAAAAGGAAAAGAGAACGCUCUAAAUGAGAAAGAUAAAGAGAAGACUGAUGCUGAAACUAGAGAGGCUCAAGACUGGUCUUAUAGCCUGAGUGGUGCAGAAGAGCUAGAUACGCCAACUAAAAAAUAUGAAAAAGAGUUUGAUGCAUCACCUUUAAGUGAUGAAGAUGAAAAUGAUGCUCUAACUAAAGAAGAUAACGUGCACACUAAUGUUGAAAAGGGAAAAGACAAAGUAGGGAUACAUGUCUCAAAUGGAGAAGCUGAAAACGUGUCUGAUACUGCUUCUGGAAGAGAUGAAGAUCCAUCUAAUGCCUCAAAUGGAGAAGGUGAAGACUCUGAUGCUCUGACUAGACAAAAAGAGCAGUUUUUUGACCAUUCUCGAAGAGAAGAAGAAUGGUCUUAUGGCCUGACGAGUAAUGUUGAAAAGGAAUUUGAUACCUCAACUAGAAGAGUCGACAACUCUCAAACUUUAAGCAAUGCAGAUUGUUCUUAUGCUACAAUUGAAAGAGGUAAAGAGAACGAUGAUGCCCAGCCUGAAAAUAACAAAGACAUGGAUCAUGCCUCUUUUUCCAAAAAUGAAGCUGAUACUAAUCCCUCUGCUACAAAAGUUAAAGAUAAGUCUAAUGUCAUAUUGCUGGAAGGAAGUGAGGAUACUACAAAUAAGAAAAAUAAAGAUGAAAUUAAUGCUCAAUCUGUAGAGGCUCAAAAUUGUUCACUUCAUAGUCUGACUGAAAAUGCUACAGAAGAGUCAGAUACCGCUCCUAGACAAUAUGAAAAUAUGUUUGAUGCCUCACAUGUAAAUAAUCAAGAGGAAAAUGAUGGUUUAACUAACGAAGAUAAAGAGAACAGUGGGGCUCGAACGGGAAAAGACAAAGUAGGGACAACUGACCCAACUGGACAAGCCGAAGUUAUGUCUGAUAUGGCAUCUGGACGAAUUGAAGAUUUAUCUGAUGCCUCAACUGUAGAAGACAAAGAACACACUGGUAGAGAUGAAGAUUGGUCUUCUGUCCUGACUGAUAAUAAUCAGGAGAAGUCUGAUACCUCAACUAGAAAAGUUGACAACUCUCAAACUUUCAGCAAUAAAGAUGGUUACCAUGCUUUAAUUGAAAGAUGUAAUGAGAACUGUGAUGUCCAGCUCGAAAAUUAUGAGGACGUGUCUGACGCCCCACUUCCAACAGAUGAAACCGAUUUUAAUCCCCCUGCUGGAAAAGUAAUAGAAACAUCAAAUGUCGCACUUGUUGAAGGAAAAGAAGGUACUCCAAAUAAGAAAGACAAAGAAGAGGCUCAUGCUCAAACUGGAGAGGCUCAAAACUGGUCUCAUAGCUUGACUGGAAAUGCUGCAGAAGAGUCAAAAACCCAAUCUACAAAAGAUGAAAAAGAGUUUGAUGCCUCAACUGUAAAUUAUAAAGAUAAAAAUAAUGCUUUUACUAAACAAGACGACAGAGAAACCGAUGCUCAAAAGGGGAAAGACAAAGUAGGGAAAAAUGACCCAACUGGACAAGCUGAAGAGGUGUCAUCUGAAAGAGAUGAAAAGGGGUGUGAUGCCUCAAUUGUUAAAGAUAAAACAUACUUUGAUGCCUUAACUACAGAAGAAGAAGAGUACUCUGACGCUCAAACUAGAAAAGAUAAAGAGGGGUCUCAUGCCACAGCUGAAAGAGAUAGAGAGAACUGUGAUGUCGAGACUGAAACUGAUAAAGAGGGAUAUGAUAUUUUAAAGUAUGAGGAAGAGUAUUACCCUGCAGCUGGAAUAGUUAACCAGGAGUCUGGAGUAAAAGGAAAAGAGGAUACUGGCGGUCCAAUCAAAAACGAUGCCAAUGAACCUGAUGCCUCAACUGUGAAAGAUAAAAAAGGCACUGGAAGAGAUGAAGAUUGGUCUUCUGCCCUGACUGGUAAUAAUCAGGAGAAGUCUGAUACCUCAACUAGAAAAGUUGACAACUCUCAAACUUUAAGCAAUGGAGAUGGUUCCCAUGCUUUAAUUGAAAGAUGUAAUGAGAACUGUGAUGUCCAGCUCAAAAAUGAUGAAGUCGCGUCUGACGCCCCACUUCCAACAGAUGAAACCAAUUUUAAUCCCCCUGCUGGAAAAGUAAUAGAAACAUCAAAUGUUGCACUUGUUGAAGGAAAAGAAGAUACUCCAAAUAAGAAAGACAAAGAAGAGGCUCAUGCUCAAACUGGAGAGGCUCAAAACUGGUCUCAUAGCCUGACUGGAAAUGCUGCAGAAGAGUCAAAAACCCCAUCUAGAAAAUAUGAAAAAGAGUUUGAUGCCUCAACUGUAAAUGAUAAAGAUGAAAAUAAUGCUUUUACUAAACAAGAAGACAGAGAAACCGAUGCUCAAAAGGGGAAAAACAAAGUAGGGAAAAAUGACCCAACUGGACAAGCUGAAGAGGUGUCAUCUGAAAGAAAUGAAAAGUGGUGUGAUGCCUCAAUUGUUAAAGAUAAAACAUACUUUGAUGCCUUAGCUACAAAAGAUGAAGAGUACUCUGAUGCUCAAACUAGAAAAGAUAAAGAGGUGUCUCAUGCCACAGUUGAAAGAGAUAGAGAGAACUGUAAUGUCGAGACUGAAAAUGAUGAAGAGGGAUCUGAUAUUUUAAAGUAUGAGGAAGAGUAUUACCCUGCAGCUGGAAUAGUUAACCAGGAGUCUGAAGUAAAAGGAAAAGAUGAUACUGGUGGUCCAAUUAAAAUCGAUGACAAUAAAACUGAUGCCUCAACUGUAAAAGAUAAAAAAGACACUGGAAGAGAUGAAGAUUGGUCUUCUGCCCUGACUGGUAAUAAUCAGGAGAAGUCUGAUACCUCAACUAGAAAAAUUGACAACUCUCAAACUUUAAGCAAUGAAAAUGGUUCCCAUGCUUUAAUUGAAAGAUGUAAUGAGAACUGUGAUGUCAAACUCAAACAUGGUGAAGACGUGUCUGACGCCCCACUUCCAAGAGAUGAAACCAAUUUUAAUCCCCUUGCUGGAAAAGUAAUAGAAACAUCAAAUGUCGCACUUGUUGAAGGAAAAGAAGAUACUCCAAAUAAGAAAGACAAAGAAGAGGCUCAUGCUCAAACUGGAGAGGCUCAAAACUGGUCUCAUAGCUUGACUGGAAAUGCUGCAGAAGAGUCAAAAACCCCAUCUACAAAAGAUGAAAAAGAGUUUGAUGCCUCAACUGUAAAUGAUAAAGAUAAAAAUAAUGAUUUUACUAAACAAGACGACAGAGAAACCGAUGCUCAAAAGGGGAAAGACAAAGUAGGAAAAAAUGACCCAACUGGACAAGCUGAAGAGGUGUCAUCUGAAAAAGAUGAAAAGGGGUGUGAUGCCUCAAUUGUUAAAGAUAAAACAUACUUUGAUGCCUUAACUACAGAAGAUGAAGAGUACUCUGACGCUCAAUCUAGAAAAGAUAAAGAGGCAUCUCAUGCCACAGUUGAAAGAGAUAGAGAGAACUGUGAUGUCGAGACUGAAACUGAUGAAGUGGGAUCUGAUAUUUUAAAGUAUGAGGAAGAGUAUUACCCAGCAGCUGGAAUAGUUAACCAGGAGUCUGGAGUAAAAGGAAAAGAGGACACUGGUGGUCCAAUCAAAAACGAUGCCAAUGAAACUGAUUCCUCAACUGUAAAAGAUAAAAAAGACACUGGAAGAGAUGAAAAUUGGUCUUCUGCCCUGACUGGUAAUAAUCAGGAGAAGUCUGAUACCUCAACUAGAAAAGUUGACAACUCUCAAACUUUAAGCAAUGAAGAUGGUUCCCAUGCUUUAAUUGAAAGAUGUAAUGAGAACUGUGAUGUCAAACUCAAACAUGGUGAAGACGUGUCUGACGCCCCACUUCCAAGAGAUGAAACCGAUUUUAAUCCCCUUGCUGGAAAAGUAACAGAAACAUCAAAUGUCGCACUUGUUGAAGGAAAAGAAGAUACUCCAAAUAAGAAAGACAAAGAAGAGUCUCAUGCUCAAACUGGAGAGGCUACAGCUGGAAUAAUUAACCAAGAGUCAGAAGUAGAAGAAAAACAGAAUACUAGUGGUCCAAUUAAAAACGAUGACAAUGAAUCUAAUGCUCCGACUGGAGAGGAUGAAGAGUGGUUUGUGGUUGCAAAAGAGUCAGAUAUACCACCGAGAAAUGAUGCAACAUAUUUUGAUACCCUACCUAUAAAAGAUAAGGCAAGCACCGAUUCUCCAGCAAAAAAAUACGAGAUCGAGUGUUGUUUUCCAUCUGGAAAAGCUAGAGAAGUUGUUGAUGCAACAAUUACAGAAAAUAAACAAGAAUCUGAUAUUCAAACAAGAAAAGUUAAAGACGGAUAUGUUGACCCAUCUGAAAAAGAUGAACCGCUGUUCAAUACUUUGCCAAUAAAAUAUGAAGAGUGGUCUGACUCCCAAGCUGAAAACGUUAAAAAGAUGUCUGAUAACCUAACAAAAAAAGAUCAAGAAGAUUCUCAUGCCCCCAGCACAAAGCAGGACAAGGAUUCUGACGCUCUAGUUGGAGAAGAUGAAGAGUUGUCUAAUACCAUGACUGAACACUGUGCUGGGGAGUCCAAUACACUAACUAGAAACAAUGGCAAAUACUUUGGUACCCCACCUGUAAAUAAUCAAGCAAAAACGCCAACUAAAAAAGAUCGAGAGGAGUUUGAUGAUCCCAAUUAUGAAAAUAAGGAAAACACUGACACUCAAAUCAGAAAAUAUGAAGACUGGUCCGCUGCUGAUGAAAACGAGCCAGAUUCCUUGCUUUUAAAAGAACACGAUUGGUCUGAUACCCAAAUUGGAAAUGUUGCUGAAGGGAUUAAUACCACAAUUGGAAGCGCUAAGGAUUGCACAGAUGCCUCAAUCAUAAAAACUGGAGAUGGUUCUUAUGGCCCACCGAUAGAAUUUGAAGAAGACUGGUCUAAUGGUAGAACUCUGCAGCAUAAAGAAGGAUCUAAUAUUCCAGCUGAAAAUGUUGAGGAUGUGUUUUAUAUCUCAAGUAGAAGAGAUGAAGAAGUCAGUGGCGCUGCACCUACACAAGACAAAGAGUGGACUGAUGCUACAAUUGGACAAAAUGAAGAGAUGUCUGAUUCCCCAGGUAGAAACAUUGCAUUGGGAUCUAAUACGCCAAAGAGAAUAGAUGAACUAACGAAAGAUGAAGAGUGCUAUGAUAUCAAUGAUGGUAAUGUUGUAAAAGAGUCUGAUACCCAAAAUAGAAUAGAUAAAAAAGAUCCUGAUGUACCAACCAUAAAAGAAAAAGUUGAGUCUGUUUCCCCAACUAAGAACAAUGAAAUAGACUUUAACCCUUCAACCAGUAAAGAGGAGUUCAAUACCCUCCUUGGCAAAGAUAAAGGCCCUGAAAAUGAGCCUAAUACUUCACUGCGGAAAGAUGAGAGUUCUAGUGACCAUACUAGAAAAGAAGGAAAUAAUGUUGCACCUGUAAAAGAUAUGGAGAAGUCUGAUACUCUGACUAGAAACCUUGCCAAAGAGUCCAACCCCCCAACUAGAAGAUAUGAAAAAGACUCAGAUGAUCAAUGUAUAAAGGAGGAAGAAGGGUGUGAAUUCUCAACUAGAAAAGAUGAACAGGGACCUAAUGCUACAUUUGGAUCAGACACGGUGAUUGGAAACAUUGUGAAAGAUGCCCCAACUAGAGGAGAAGCGAAAUACGUUGAUGUACCACCUGCAAAAGUUGCAAAUCAGUCUGAUACCCAAACUGCAAAAGACGAAGGGGACUCUGACAUUCAAACUAGAAAUGAUGGAGAUGAGUGUGAUGGCCCGACAGGAGGAGUUGACAAGGUUUUUGGUGUUACAUGUGGAACAGAUAAAGAUAAGUAUUUUUCUAAACUUGUGAAAGAUGAAGACAACUUGAAUGCCUUACCUGGUAAAGUUAAGGUUGAGUCAUAUACCCCAUUUUUAAAAGAUGAAGAGUGGUCUGAUGGCCCUAAUGGAAGCAGUAGGGAAGACUGCAGCUCUAGAGAUGACGAAGAGAAGUCCGAUGACCCCACUGAAGUUAACGACAAGGUGUUUGAUACUCGAAGCAGAGCAGUUAAGGAUACAUUUUAUUCCCUACUUGUAAAAAAUGAAGAGGAUUCCAAUUCCUCAUCUGGAAAACUUGAGGUGGUGUCUGAUACCUCAUUCAGAAAAUAUGAAGAGGGGUCUGACAACCCAAUGUCUGUUACCCCAAUUCUAACAGUUAGGGGGUUUGAUGCUGCUCGAAUAAAAGAAGAAAACAGGACUGAUUCUCCAGAUGAAGGAGUUGAAGUACGGUCUGAUACAGCAAGUGGAACAUGUGAGGAGAACUACCUUCUACCUGUAAAGGAAAAUUCAUAUAGUCCAACCAGGAAGAAUGACAAGAAGUCUGAUACUUUUCUUGGGAAAAAUAAAGAGGAGUCUGAUGCUCCAACUAUCCAGCAACAGCUUUUGCAGGUACUCCAGAGGGUCUCCUCAGGCCACAACAUCACUGUGCUCCAGGAAGUGAUGGAUACCCUACAAAGUGCUCUUGUGGGUGACACCCACGCCUUGGAAAGCAUCAAGGAGGAGAGCUCAGAGGACACUGAGCUGACACAAUUACCUUCUCAGGCCUUUGUCAGCAAUACGGAGGAGCUCUCCUCCGUCCAGGAUUACCUGGAGUGUGUUGGUAAACUCCAAGAUCAUGCCGAUGUUUUACAUGAUGUCAAAAAAGACCUUUUAACUCUGGAAACAAGUGGUGGCAACGUGGAGGAAUUACAGAUCCAAAUAGAGGAGUUUCAGGCCCUAGGAUCCCAAAUUUCAAUUCUAUCUAGUGUUUUGACAGCAGACAUGGAAAAAGCCAAACUUCUCCUAGAUGCUGCUGAUGGCAACAUCCCCACACAAAUUUAUCAGGAUCUGGCUACAAUUUACGUGGAUUUGGAGCACGAGUUCACUGUCGUUGCCCAAAUGCAUGGCGAAAUGAGUCAAUCGUUGUUUCAAGCAACGGAAACUAGAAAGGCACAUUUGGGAUCAACGUACCAGCAGCAUCUCGCUGAUCUUGAAGGUCUAGCAGACCUCGUCCAAAAAAACUUGGACAUGGGGGAUGUGGAUUGCAAUGUAUGUGAUGUGGAAGAACUGAGAUGUUGGCUACAAAAAAGCAAGGAAGCCGAACGGUGUCUACACCAGGAGGCCAAGCUCAAACUGGACGACGUCACAUUUGAUAUCCAGAGUUUUAUUUCCGAGCACGCUCUCUUCUUGAGUCCGGCUCAGAGCCGCUGCCUCCUUAGGCUCCUCAGCAGCACCCAGCGAGCCUUUAGGGACCAGAAGGACAGACUUGUGGCCUUGAGGUGCACCUUAGAUGUCCUGUUGCUCACCAAGGAAAGGGAAGAGCAGGAGAAGUCCCUUUUGGCGAGGCAGCAAGAGAUUGCAGACAAGCUGGAGGAAGUGUGUGACGGUCUCACUUUGACUGAGAACCGUCUGAUUGGUCACCAGCAGCAGGCCGACAGUGCAGAGUGCGUGGCAGACCUGCAGCAGUACCAGCAGGAGCAUCAGGCUUUGCAAAAAGACGUUUUGACAAAUGCCAGCGCUUUGAAUGAGGUCAUCACCGGCACAAAAAGGUUUCUGGAGGAAAACCGGGCCAACCUGACGACGGAUCAAAUCGCCUCGAUUGAAACCAAGUUGGAUGAAGCUGAAAGCAAGGCCAAGCUGAUCCACCAGCGAGCGGAGGAAUCCAGGAAGGACUUAGAGAAGGUUGUUACCACAGCCAUAAAACAGGAAAGUGAAAAGGCUGCAGCUGUCGAGCGACUCGAGGAAAGUAAAAACAAAAUAGAAGGUCUACUGGAGUGGAUGUCCAACAUCGGCAAUGAAAAUGAGCGGAGAGCUAUUGAUCAGACUGACUUUAUAAGCAAAGAGAACGGAAACCUGCCAGAAGAGACAUCCGAGAAGUUACGGAAAGGAGAGAGGGAUGAUGCUAAUGGGAACAGUCUGCAACGCAGUGAAAGUGACUUUGAUGGGAAGAAGGAGGCCAGCAUGGAUGUUGACAAACAGUAUGAAAGAUUGAAGGCUCGCCAUCAGGAGAUUCUGUCCCAGCAGCAGGAUUUAAUCGUGGCCACCCAGUCGGCCCAGGCCCUCUUGGACAAGCAAGCCAAUGUUUUGUCUCCAAAUGAGAAGGAAAAACUGCAGAAGAACAUCCUGGAACUUAAGGGUCGCUAUGACGCCUCCCUGACCCAGGCUGAGCAGCAGAUGAAGCAGAUGCAGAGCGUCCAGGAGGAACUGAAGAAAUUUCAGGACGAUUGCGCGGAGUUUGAGGACUGGUUAGCGCAGGCUGAGGGCGAGAUGGAACAACUGAGCGCCUCUGAGUGCUCACUGAAAAUCCUCAACGAUAAACUCCUCCGACAGAAGAGCUUCUCUGAGGAUGUCAUCUCUCACAAGGGGGACCUUCGUUUUAUUACCAUUUCGGGCCAGAAGGUACUGGAUGUGGCCAAAGCCUGUGGAGUAUCUGACCCAAUGUCUAAAAACGGCCAGAUGCAAGUGGACACUUCAGGAACCUGCUCUGCGGUCAAGGAUAAACUGGACUCUGCAGCCAGUCGAUACAAGACUCUACACUUGCAGUGCAAUCAGCUCGGCAACAACCUCAGAGAUGUUGUUGACAAGUACAAGCGGUAUGACGACUCCAGCACGGGCCUCGUGAAGUGGCUCGGGAGCUCCGAGGAGGAGGCCAGGAAGCAGCAGUCAGAAGCCAUCUCAGCCGAGCCACAAAUUCUGCAGAAACAGUUGGAGGACACCAAGGCUUUGCAAGGGGAAAUGAGCGGGCAUCAAACCGCUAUUGACACGCUACGCAAAACAGCUGAGUCCUUGGUCACAUCUGAAGGGAACCUGCUGCGCAACUUAGAUGAGAUCCAGGAGACAGUAGAUGACAUAGUAGAGCGCUAUGACAACCUGUCCAAGUCCGUGAGUGAUCGCAAUGAGAAACUGCAGAUCACUUUGACCCGCUCCAUGAGUGUCCAGGAUGGACUGGAUGAGAUGAUGGGUUGGAUGAAGGGAGUUGAGGCCAGUGUGGAAGAGAAUGGACAAAUUCCACUGGACUCUGCAUCUAUCAAAGACAUGCUCAGCAAAGAAGCAGCCAUAGAGCAGGACAUAGCAAGUCGCCAGAGCAGCAUCUCAGCCAUGAAAUCCAAAGUGAAGAAGUUCGUAGAAACUGCCGACCCCUCUGCUGCGGUCCUCCUGCAGUCUAAGAUGGACGCUCUCUCGCAACGCUUCUCAGAUGCCUGCGACAAGCAUAAACAGAAAGUUUCUCAUCUGGACCAGCUGAAAGACAAAGUGGAGGAAUUCGAGAGCGUUGCAGAUAAAGUCCAACAGUUUGUCCUGAAACGUACCCAAGAUCUGCAUGAGACGGACGGGCCAGGGAAAACCUUCGAAGAACUCUCCGAACUAACACAGAAAACAAAAGCUGAGAUGACUGAACAUUCCAGUGAUUUGGAGAAGUUGCAGACGAUAGCCAAGGAGCUGUGUGAAAUAAGCACCGACGGGAACAGAGCGCAGAUCCAGAGCAAGAUGGACGAUCUGUCGAACAUCUUCAGCACCUUCAAAGACACCGUCAAAGAAAAGGAGGGGGAGGUAUCGUCCUGUAAAGACCUUCUGGGCGAGUUCAGGACGGCAGCCAGUGCUCUCAGCGAGUGGCUGGAGGAGACUAACAAGAAAGUGCCUGUGGCCCAGACAAGUUGCAGUGCUAAAAGUCUGGAGACGGAUCUCCAGCUAAUCACUGGAUUAUUGGAAGAAUGGACGUCCAAAGGCCCUGCUGUGCAGGACUUGAACAACAGGGGAUCAUCACUAUGCAACCACAUCGCUAUCCUCACAUCUCCUGCCAAAGCAAAGAUACCUAAUAAGUCAGCCCUUACUAAUGGUGGUGGUCCAGCGAGCCAUUCGUACUUAACCAAUAAAGAGCUGAUGACAAUUCAGCAAAACAUGUCCUUCGUCAACGAGGGCUACUCCAGUCUGGGUGACGCUCUGAAGAGUCAAGCGGCCCAGCUGAGUGGAGCUGUGCGCGAGCUGAAGGACGCCAAAAAGGAGACGGACAACAUGAUGACGUGGCUGGAGGACAUGAAGAAGACCACAGCAUCUUGGAAAAAUGGAGCCACGGAGAAAGACGCUGUUAAAACUCAGCUUGAACAGCAAAAGGUGUUUGAAGACAACAUGAAGCAGAAGAAAGAUCAGCUUCACAAGCUGAGAGAGAAACUUCUCCACUUAAUUGAAACGCAACCAAACUCCCAGGAGGCAGCCAAAUGGAAGCAGAUGUUAGCAGACAUAGAUGCUGCUUGGGAAGAUAUCAGCGGCUCAGUGGUGGAGAGGAAGCAGCACCUGGAGCAGUCCAACAAGAAUCUGGACAUCCUCCAAACCACUCAGCUGCAGCUCGGCCAGUGGCUGUCGGAGAAGGAGCUGAUGAUGAGUGUCCUUGGGCCCCUCUCCAUUGACCUUAACAUGCUUAAAAUGCAGAAGCAACAAGUCCAGAUCCUCCAAAAUGAGUUCAAAAGCCGAAAGCCUCAGUACGAUCAACUCAACGAAGCUGCUUCUGCCAUCUUAAACUCGUCGGGUAACCAUGACCCCUCGAACAGUAAGCAGGUGAGGGAGCAGCUCACUGCCGUCACUGAGAAGUGGCAAGGUCUUAUGGGACUGCUAGACCGGCGCGAUGACCUCAUCGACCAGGCUGUAGCGAAGACGGGAGAGUUCCAAGACCUGCUUAGCACUCUCAGCCAGACCGUUACUCAGCUUGAUGGUCAGCUUGGCAACCAUCAGGCCUGCAGCACCCAGCCCGAUGCCGUGAAGAAGCGUCUGGAGGACGUCCAUAAUAUCUCGGUUCAGCUGAGAGAGGAGAGGAAGAAGUUGAAGCAGGCUGAGGGCAUUCAUGCAGAGCUCACAGCAAUGGUGACUGAGGACUACCUCAAGGCGGACUUAGCCAGGCAGUUGGAGAGUGUCAGCAAACCUUUCAGGCAGCUGGAAGAGAAAACAGCCAAACAAAUUGAGCAGCUGAACUCGACCUUCGCCAGCUCCCAGCAAUUCCAUCAAACCUCCAAAGACUUCCAGUCAUGGUUGGCUGAGAAGCUGCCGGACCAGUCGAAGCCUCUGCCCAUCUCUGCCAAAGCUGACGUCCUUCAAAAAACGCUGGAUGCGCACAGUAAACUGCAGGAGGCUCUCAGUGAACAGGAGGUCGUGUACAACACAAUAGCAGGGGAAGGGGAGAUGCUUCUGCAGAGUACUGACGGUGCAGAGAAGUUGGCACUGCAGGGGCAACUGUCACUUCUGUCUUCUAACUGGCAGGAAGUAAAGAAGAGCUCAGGGGAGCAGGUUGAGAAACUUAAAGCCUCUCUUCAGAAGGUACAGAAGUUUGAAGAACACAGAGAGAAGCUGAGGCCUUGGGUGUUGGAGUGCGAGGCCAUUGAAGGUCGGAUCAAACUUGCUGUGGAGCCUGCUGCCGUGGAUAACGCUAUCUCGCAAGUGAAAGUUCUCCAGAAGGAUGUGGACAAGCACAGGGGGAUGUUGGAGCAGCUCAACACCGCCGCAGAAAGCCUUCUUGAGGUGGCAAAUACAGACACUGAAGAGAUCAAAGACGAGGCGGCGAACAUCUCUGAAAGGGUGGACAGCGUAUUGGAAGGUCUUCAGAGCAAAAAGGAAUCCUUGGAGAAGAUUUCUCAUGCAGUCAAAGAAUUUAAUGAAGGCUCCAAAGAGGCCAAAGCACAUCUCGAGGGAGCUAAGAAGCUUCUGGCUGCUUAUGAAUCCCAAGGAGUGCAGGGACAAAGCAAUAAGAACUUAACUAACAUGAAAGCCCAACAGAAGAGUCUAGGGGGAGUGCAAAAUCAAGUAGAACACCUGAAAGGCUUGGCAACGUCUCUUGUAGUUGACGUUCCAAACGCUGAGGGAGUGACAGACCUUUUACUUCAAGCAGACAGCAUAGAACAAGAAUACAGCACUCUAAAUAUGAAGCUGGAAGAGACUUGCCAGGUCCUGGAAGGUAAAUUGCAGGGAAUCGGGCAGUUCCAAAACAACAUCCGUGAGAUGUUCACCCGCUUCACAGACCUGGAUGAUGAGUUGGACAGCAUGGCUCCAGUGGACUUGGACUUGCUGGUUCUGAAAGGGCAGCAAGACAGCAUUGAGAGCUUCAUCGUCAAGUUGCAAGAGCUGAUGGUCAACACGGCCAACGCAGGGGAUGGCUGUAAGAGGAUGCUUGAAACUGACGCAUCGCCUGACCUGUUGGGCCUGAAGAGAGACCUAGAUGCUCUGAGUAAGCAGUGUGGCAAGCUCAUGGACCGAGCCAAAGGCAGGGAGCGGCAGGUGCAGAGUACUCUCGUCAAGCGAGAGGAGCUCUGCGGAAAACUCCAGCUGGUGGAUGAUCAACUUUGCAGUGCUGCGAACAAGGAGGCAUCUCAGGGGGCGGUCGGCAUGGAGACAGACAUCAUCAAUCAACAGCUGGAGGCCUUUAAGGCUUUCCAGAAAGAAGAAAUUGAUCCUUUGCAGACACAACUCCAAGACAUCAAUUCCCUCAGUCAUGGGCUGAUCCAGAACGCCGCCAGAGGAACCAACACGAAGAAGCUUGAGGAUGACCUGGAGAAGGUUAACACAAAGUGGAACACGCUCAAUAAAAAGAUUGCCGAGCGCUCGGCCCAGCUGCAUGAAGCCCUGUUGCACUGUGGAAGGUUCCAUGAGGCUUUGGAGUCUCUGCUCGGCUGGUUGACUGACACAGAAGAACUCAUGGCCAAUCAGAAGCCGCCCUCGGCAGAGUUUAAAGUUGUCAAGGCACAGAUACAAGAGCAGAAACUUUUACAGAGACUACUGGAUGACCGAAAGCCCACAGUGGAGUUGAUAAAAAAAGAGGGAGGGAAGGUUGCGGAACUUGCCGAAUCUGUGGACAAGGAAAAGGUUGCAAAGGAGAUCGAAUCAUUGGGGCAGAGGUGGGACACGCUGCUCAAGAAGGCUGAAAACAGGAAUAAGCAACUGCAGAGCAUUUUGGUGGUCACUCAGCAAUUCCACGAGACCUUGGAGCCCCUGUGCGACUGGCUUGCCGCCACAGAGAAACGCCUUUCCAACUCUGAACCAAUCGGCACCGAAACGUCAAAGCUGGAAGAUCAGAUCUCUCAUCAUAAGGCCUUAGAGGAGGCAAUUAUGAGUCGAAGUAAAGACCUGUUUCAGGUCGUUAGUCUGGGUCAAACGCUCAAAGCUGUGAGCUCAGCAGACGACAAGGACUUUGUUCAGUCCAAGCUGGACACCACGCAGGCCGCUUACAUCGAACUGCAGGAACGCUGCAGUAAGAAAGCCGAGAUGCUGCAGCAGGCCCUGGCCAACGCUCAGCUCUUUGGGGAGGACGAGGUGGCGCUCAUGAACUGGCUCAGCGAGGCGCAUGCACGGCUGAGCGAGGUAUCCGUGGAGGACUACCUCAUAGACACCCUUGAAAGGCAGAUGGCAGAACAACGGGCUUUACAAAGUGAUAUUGAAUUGAGAAAAAAGAAUGUAGACCAAGCUCUGUUCAAUGGGAUGGAGCUUUUGAAGCAAACAACAGGUGAUGAGGUGGUUGUUAUCCAAGGAAAACUGGAUGGAAUAAAAACAAAGUAUGCUGAGAUCACUUCCAUGAGCGGCAAUGUUAUGAACACACUGGAGCGUGUUUUGAGUCUCUCCAGCAAGGUGCAGAAUACACAUGAGGAACUGAGUUCCUGGAUGGUGAAGGCCGAGGCUCAGGUUACUUCCUAUAUGGAUCGAGAACCAGUCGGCGAGCAGCUCACUCAGGCCCAAAACAUGCAAAAGGCCUUGCUGAAGGAGACCAAAGACCAAAAAGGUGUAGUCGACAAGUUGAAUGAGUUGAGCGGUUCCCUCCUGGAUCUCAUCCCCUGGCACACCCGAGAAGGUCUUGACAAGCUGGUGACAGAGGACAAUGAGCGUUACCGAGCCAUCUGUGACAGCAUCACUCAGCAGGUCGAACGGAUCAACGCCGACAUACUGAAAUCGCAGCAGUUUGAGCAAGCAGCAGACUCGGAACUAGCCUGGCUGGCUGAUGCUGAGAAGAAGUUGUUGUCCAUGGGGGAGAUCAAACUGGGACAAGAUCAAACCACAGCCCAGCUCCAAGCACAGAAGAUCUUCUCUAUGGACAUCUUGCGGCACAAAGAUGCUGUGGAUGAGAUUGUAAAAACAGGAACGGCCAUGAUGAGUAGCAAAAAGCCAGAGGAAAAAGAGCUCUUAAAGACCAAGACCAAGACUCUCGCGGAGAAGUACGGUGCAGUAAGUCAGCUGAACUCAGAGCGCUCUCUGCAGCUAGAGCGAGCUCAGUCUCUAGCAAGCCAGUUCUGGGAAACCUACGAAGAGUUGUCACCGUGGCUUCAGGAGACCCUAACCACGUUCAACCAGCUACCCCCGCCAGCCAUCGAGUACGAAACUUUGAGACAACAGCAAGAGGAGCUCAGGCAAAUGCGAGAGCUAAUUGCCGAGCACAAGCCACACAUCGACAAGAUGAAUAAGACCGGCCCUCAGUUACUGGAACUGAGCCCAGAAGAAGGGAUACCCAUUAGAGAGAAGUACACCACGGCUGAGCAGCUAUACACACAACUGAAGGCUGAUGUUAAACAGAGAGCUUCUAAUUUGGACGAGGCCAUCUCUAAAUCCACUCAGUUCCAUGAUAAAAUCGACCCCAUGCUAGAAACUCUGGAGCGGAUUGCUGAGCGCCUGCGCCAGCCUCCCUCCAUCUCGGUGGAGGUGGAAAAAAUCAAGGAGCAGAUAACAGAGAAUAAAUCUGUCAGCAUGGACCUGGAGAAACUGCAGCCUUCCUUUGAGACCCUGAAACAACGAGGCCAAGAGAUGAUUGCACGGUCAGAAGGUGCAGACCGGGACUUAUCUGCCAAAGCUGUACAAGAUAAAUUGGACCAGAUGGUCUUCCUGUGGACCGACAUCCAAGCCUUAUUGGAGGAGCGGGAGGCCAAGCUCUUGGACGUGAUGGACCUUGCUGAAAGGUUCUGGUUUGAUCACUGCGCUUUGAUCGUCACCAUUAAGGACAGCCAGGACCUGCUGAGGGAACUGGAGGAGCCUGGAGUAGAUCCCUCGGUUGUCAAGCAGCAGCAGGAGUUUGCGGAGGGAUUUAAGGAGGAGAUUGAUGGACUUCAGGAGGAACUAGAUUCAGUUCGAAACCAGGGAGGUGAGCUCAUGACUGCCUGUGGAGAGCCAGACAAACCUGUUAUAAGGAAAAGUAUUGAUGAGGUGAACUCAGCAUGGGAAAAUCUCGAUAAGACAUGGAAAGAGCGUGUUGAGAAGCUGGAGGAGGCCAUGCAGGCUGCGGUGCAAUUCCAGGAUGGCCUGCAGGGCAUGUUUGACUGGGUGGAUAUCCUGGACAGCAAACUGGACUCCAUGUCACCUGUGGGCACAGACCUGGAAACUGUCAAGCAGCAGAUUGUCGAGCUCAAGGAGUUCAAAGUGGAGGCGUACCACCUUCAGAUUGAGAUGGAGCGUCUGAACCACCAGGCGGGCCUCCUACUGAAGAAGGUGAAGGAGGACGUGGAUCGCUGCACCAUCCAGGAACCAAUGUCCGAGCUCAAGAUGCUCUGGAGUAACCUGGAUGAGAAGAUUAUCGGCCGACAGCAUAAACUGGAGGGAGGCCUUCUUGCCCUGGGCCAGUUCCAGCAUGCACUGGACGAGCUGCUGGCCUGGAUGAGCCACACUGAAGAUAUGCUUAAUGAGCAGAGAAAGACUGGUGGAGACCCCAAAGCCAUUGAGAUCGAACUGGCCAAGCAUCACGUCCUCCAAAUUGACGUAUUGGCUCACAAAUCUACAGUCGAGACGGUGAACAAAGCAGGCAAUGAGCUGGUACAAUCAAGCGCAGGAGAGGAAGCCUCUAGUCUCAGUAGCAAACUUGAAAACCUCAACCAGCGCUGGAAAGCCAUCCUGGAAAAGACUGAACAGAUGAAGCACCAGUUGGAAAGUGCUCUUGUGCAGGCCCAGGGUUUCCAUGGUGAGGUGGACGAUAUGCUGCAAUGGCUGAAAGACACAGAACGUCAGCUGUUGGCAUCAAAGGCUGUAGGAGGCUUACCAGACACGGCCCGCGAGCAGCUUAACGCCCAUCUGGAGUUGUGUUCUGCCUUCGAGGUAAAGGAGGAGCUGUACCAGGAGCUGUUGGCCAAAGGUCAACAGCUGCUCACCCUGACCCCUGAGGGUCCUGACAGCAAUGCAGAGCAGGACCUCGCCAACCUGAAGGACAAGUGGGAAGCAGCAGAGGCCAAAGUUGCUGAAAGGAAGGUGAAACUGGAGGAAGCCUUGACGAUGGCAACCGAUUUCCACAACUCUCUGCAGGAUUUCAUCAACUGGCUGACCCAGGCAGAGCAGACGCUCAACAUGGUGACGCCUGCCUCGCUCAUUCUGGAAACCAUCCUGUUUCAAAUUGAUGAACAUAAGAUGUUUGUGACUGAGGUCAACUCCCACAGGGAUCACAUCAUCGAGCUGGACAAGUCAGGCACUCAUUUGAAGUACUUCAGCCAGAAACAGGAUGUGGUCCUGAUUAAGAACCUGCUGCUCAGCGUGCAAGGCCGCUGGGAGAAGCUGGUGCAGCGCUCUGUGGAGCGAGGGCGUGUGCUCGACGACGCCAGGAAGAGAGCCAAACAGUUCCAUGACAACUGGAAUAAACUGGUGGAAUGGUUGGACGAAUCUGAGAAGACGCUGGACUCUGAGGUGGAAAUCGCCAACGAACCAGACAAAAUCAAGAAACAGCUGUCACAACACAAGGAGUUCCAGAAGGCUUUGGGCAGUAAGCACUCAGUGUAUGACACCACCACACGAACUGGUCGAGCACUCAAGGACAAAACCUCGCUUCACGAUGAUAAUCAGAAACUGGACGACAUGCUGAGCGAGCUGAGAGACAAAUGGGACACUGUUUGUGGCAAGUCCAUAGAGAGGCAAAAUAAGCUGGAAGAGGCGCUACUGUUCUCCGGCCAGUUCACAGAUGCCCUGCAGGCUCUCAUUGACUGGCUCUACAGAGUGGAGCCUCAGCUGGCUGAGGACCAGCCGGUUCACGGUGACAUCGACCUGAUUCUGAACCUGAUAGACAACCACAAGGGUUUCCAGAAGGAGCUGGGAAAGAGGACCGUGAGCGUCCAGGCCCUCAAACGCUCGGCACGGGAUCUGAUCGACAGCAGUCACGAUGACUCCUCCUGGAUCAAAGCCCAGAUGCAGGAGCUGAGCACCCGCUGGGAGACGGUGUGCAACCUCUCAGUGUCCAAGCAGGCACGUCUGGAGCAGGCCCUGUGCCAGGCCGAGGAGUUUCACUCCACGGUUCACAUCCUGCUGGAGUGGUUGGCUGAAGCUGAGCAGAGUUUGCGUUUCCAUGGCAGCCUGCCCGAUGACGAGGAUGCGCUGCGUGCACUGAUUGACCAGCACAAGGAGUUCAUGAAGAACCUGGAGGACAAGCGAGCGGCUCUGAAUAAAGCCACCGGUAUGGGCGAGGCUAUUCUGAACAUCUGCCAUCCUGAUUCCAUCACAACCAUCAAACACUGGAACACAAUCAUUAAAGCUCGGUUUGAAGAGGUGCAAGCCUGGGCCAGGCAGCACCAGCAGCGACUGGCUGCAGCUUUGAGUGAGUUGUUAGCCACUCAGGACCUGCUGGAGAAUCUGCUGACUUGGCUGCAGUGGGCUGAGUCCAACCUGAGUGACAAAGACAAGGAAAUCCUGCCACAGGAGAUCCAGGAAAUCAAAAGCCUUAUAGCAGAACACCAAGCCUUCAUGGAGGAAAUGACCAGGAAGCAACCAGAUGUAGACAAGAUCACAAAAACACACAAGAGGAAGGCUGCUGUGGAACCUCAAAUCCACUCUCAGAUCCCCGUGCUGGACAAAGGAAGAUCCGGAAGAAAACGUUCUCCAACACAAGCCAUGUAUGCGUCAGCGACACAGGCUCCAGUCGAAACCAAAAACCCACGGGUGAACCUGCUGGUCAGUAAGUGGCAGCACGUGUGGUUGCUGGCUCUGGACAGGAGGAGGAAACUCAACGAUGCUUUGGACAGAUUGGAGGAGCUGAAAGAGUUUGCCAACUUUGAUUUCGACGUGUGGCGGAAGCGCUACAUGCGCUGGAUGAACCACAAAAAAUCUCGCGUCAUGGACUUCUUCCGGCGCAUCGACAAAGAUCAGGACGGCAAAGUGACGAGACAGGAAUUCAUCGAGGGCAUCCUCUCAUCCAAGUUCCCAACCAGUCGAUUGGAGAUGAGCGCAGUGGCGGACAUUUUUGACCGGGACGGUGACGGCUAUAUCGACUACUACGAGUUUGUGGCAGCUCUUCAUCCCAACAAGGAGGCCUACAAACCUCUGACGGAUGCAGACAAGAUUGAAGAUGAGGUGACACGCCAAGUGGCCAAAUGCAAAUGCCCGAAACGCUUCCAAGUGGAGCAAAUUGGUGCCAACAAGUACAGGUUUUACCUUGGAAACCAGUUUGGUCUGGUUCACUGCUUACAUGACUCCGUAGUCGCCGAUGAGACAAUAGCAAACAGGGAAAAUCAAAAUCUAACCCCUCACCUGCACGUUGCAGUUGUGGAAAGCUGUAUUCUGUUCGGAGACUCUCAGCAGCUUCGCCUGGUGCGCAUCCUACGCAGCACUGUGAUGGUGCGAGUGGGCGGUGGCUGGAUGGCGUUGGAUGAGUUCCUGGUGAAGAACGACCCUUGUCGAGUUCAUCACCACGGCAGCAAAAUGUUGCGCUCGGAAUCAAACUCGUCGAUUACUCAGUCUCCUCUAGGUUGGCAAAUCUCACAAUUUCUCUCCCUGCUCCAUGAACCCACCAGUAGUGCUAAAGGCAGGACCAACAUGGAGCUGCGAGAGAAGUUCAUGGUCCCUGAAGGCACCACGCAAGUGAUGGCCUGCUUCCGCUACAGAGGCCGUCGCUCUCGACCGUCGUCCAGGGCGGCGUCGCCGAACAGAUCCAUGUCCAGUCAAAGCUGCGCCAUCCCCGCCAACCCGGCAGCCGGCUGCACUCCCAAGACGUGUCAACACAUAAGCCGCAAUUAUGAUAAGCCAUGGCUCACAAACAGCAAACCCUCCACUCCAAUUAAAUCAUCCGACUCCUUCGAGAGCCAUGGUUCGUCCUCAGAGGCGACGCCGGUCCAAGGCAGCAAGCUGCGUCUUCCUGGCUACUUGUCGGGAAAAGGCUUGCAGUCGAGCGAGGAGGGAACGUUAAUCAACGCCGCCGUGCUCAAAGCUCGAGCACAGAUGUUUGGUGAAUCGAGGAGAAGCUCCAGCAGACCUGGAAGUAAAGCAGGAAGCCGAGGGAGCAGCCGCAGAGGCAGCGACGCCUCUGACUUCGACAUCUCCGACAUCCAGUCGGUGUGCUCCGACGCCUCGGAGACCGUCGGCGACGGCACGCGGACCACGCCGUGCUCCGGGUCACGCCAACGCGGCGCCAAGCCGUCCAAGAUCCCCACGCCUCAGAAGAGGAGCACCCCCACGAGCAAACUGGCCAAAGCAGCCAAGCGAUAGUCGGCAGGAAGGAAGGCGCCACAAACACUGGAGCUGCAGACGUGUUAUUUAAAUUGUUGUAGACUUGUAAAAUAUUCCAGUAUGAUUUCAUGACGUGCGUGGAUGGAAUGUAUUUGUUUUAAUGUAUUUUUUGUGAAAAUGGUAUUUUUUAUUUGAUCAAGCCUGAUGGACUCCUUGAAACGCUCGAGGAAUGUUUUGGAAAAGUUACUGAAUGUAAUUUUGUGUCAUUUAUGUGCGCUGAACUUUGGUGUCGCAUCACGCCACUGUGUGUGUGUGUAUGUGUGUGUGUGUGUGUGUGUGGGACGCUGCAAAUAUUUAUUUCUAAGUGCUAAUGAUAUACUUUAAAGGGCAAUGCAAUAUUAGUAGGGUAAGCACUGCAGAUACCUUUAAUAACAACAGCAUUAUUACUUCCAUGUAGCAACAAACUUUGCAGUCACAAAGUCCCGUUUGCAGACCACCGACUUACUUCCCAGCAGCGUGCGAGUCAAGAACCUUCUCGUCGACGCUCUCGUAGGCACUUCGCUUCAUUUCAGCUGUUACUCCAACAUUACUUUGUAAUAAACCUGCUUCCACAAAGCUACCACAAACUGA